AUUUAACCAAAAUAGGGAAAUCAACGCGCAGAGCGAGAGAAGUUAGGGCACAGAAAAAGCGAGUGAGAAUCUCGAGUGGAAUUCGCCAUGGAAAUUCCAUAGGAGCGAGUGAGAGAGACACACACAGGCACAGCGAGUCUGCGAGUGCAAUCCAAACCCUAGCAUCCCCAAAUUCUCAAAUUCCCCGAACCGGAUUUCCCCCACUCGCUUAUUCACACUCGCCUUUCGUUGCAGAUCUCGUACAGACGCUAACACAUUCACACAACUUGAGGUGCCUUCGCAAAAACAAUUGUUUGUAAGUGGCAUUUUGAUAUGGAUAUAGACCUUAGGUUGCCUUCUGGUGAACAUGAUAAGCAAGAGGAAGAGCCAAAUGGAAUUGAUAACUUGUUGGAUGGUGAAGAAAAGCUCCGCAAUGGAGAAGUUGUAGCUGGAAAUAUUGUCAAUGUUGGAGAUGUGGUACAUACUGAAGUUGCUGGGGAUAUGAACUCUCCUACUGCAAUUAUUGACUAUAAAGAGGACACCAACCUUGAGCCUCUUUCCGGUAUGGAGUUUGAGUCACAUGGGGAGGCUUAUUCUUUUUAUCAAGAAUAUGCUAGGUCUAUGGGAUUCAAUACUGCAAUACAGAACAGUCGGCGAUCAAAAACGUCCAGAGAAUUUAUUGAUGCUAAGUUUGCUUGUUCCAGGUAUGGUACUAAGCGAGAGUAUGACAAGUCCUAUAACCGGCCACGUGCUAGACAAGUCAAACAAGACCCUGAGAAUUCAACUGGUCGACGAGCAUGUGCAAAGACAGACUGCAAAGCAAGCAUGCAUGUAAAGAGAAGGCCAGAUGGGAAAUGGGUUAUUCAUAGUUUUGUGAAGGAGCAUAACCAUGAGCUUCUACCUGCACAAGCUGUCAGUGAACAAACAAGAAGGAUGUAUGCUGCAAUGGCUAGACAAUUUGCUGAAUAUAAAACUGUUGUAGGUCUCAAAAAUGACCCCAAAAGUCCAUAUGAUAAAGGUCGAAACUUGGCACUAGAAGCAGGAGAUAUUAAGUGUGUGGUUGAGUUUUGUUCACAGAUGCAGAAUAUCAAUUCAAACUUCUUUUAUGCUGUAGAUGUAAGUGAAGAUCAACGUUUGAAGAAUUUGUUCUGGGUUGAUGCCAAAAGUAGGCAAGACUACUCAAACUUCUGUGAUGUUGUCUCUUUUGAUACCACAUAUGUUCGAAACAAAUACAAAAUGCCUCUUGCUCUUUUUGUUGGAGUUAACCAACACUAUCAAUUCAUGUUGCUUGGAUGUGCGUUGGUGUCAGAUGAAAGUACAACUACAUUUUCGUGGCUGAUGCAGACUUGGCUGAAAGCCAUGCAUGGACAGGCUCCAAAAGUCAUUAUCACCAACCAAGAAAAGGCCAUUAAAUCCGCUGUUUCCGAGGUCUUUCCAAAUGUUCGUCAUUGCUUUUGUUUGUGGGAUAUAAUGGGGAAGGUUUCUGAAAAUCUUGGUCACGUGAUGAAGCAGCAUGAAAAUUUUAUGGCUAAAUUUAAAAAAUGUGUCUUCAGGUCAUGGACUGAUGGUGAGUUUGAAAAAAGGUGGUGCAAAAUUCAUGAAAAAUUUGAGCUUGGGGAGGAUGAGUGGUUGCAGUCAUUAUAUGAAGACCGUAGGCUAUGGGUACCAACCUACAUGAGUGAUGCUUUUUUGGCUGGGAUGUCUACAGUCCAGCGAUCUGAUAGUGUGAAUUCCUUCUUUGACAAAUAUGUGCAUAAGAAGACCACAGUGCAAGAGUUUACUAAACAAUACGAGGCAAUUCUACAAGAUAGGUAUGAAGAUGAAGCCAAAGCAGAUUCCGAUACAUGGAACAAGCAGCCUGCCCUAAAGUCUCCAUCCCCUUUGGAGAAGAAUGUGUCGGGCAUAUAUACACAUUCUGUGUUCAGGAAAAUCCAAGUUGAGGUUUUGGGUGCAGUUGCCUGCCAUCCUAAAAUGGAGAGGCAAGAUGAUGCUAGCAGCACUUUCAGAGUUCAAGAUUUAGAAAAAAAUCAGGACUUUGUCGUAUUGUGUAAUGAAAUGAAGCAAGAAGUUUCCUGUGUUUGCCGUUUAUAUGAAUUUAAAGGUUAUCUCUGUAGACAUGCACUGCUUGUGCUUCAAAUAUGCCGCCUUUCUGCCAUCCCAUCUCACUACAUUUUGAAACGGUGGACGAAAGAUGCAAAAAACAGGCACCUUUUUGGAGGAGAAUCUGAUCAGUUACAAUCUAGGGUACAACGGUACAAUGAUUUAUGCCAACAGGCCAUGAAGCUGAGUGAAGAAGGAUCGAUGUCUCAAGAGAGUUACAUUGUCGCCUUCCGUGCACUGGAAGAAGCCUUUGGAAAUUGUAUUAGUGUAAAUAACUCUACUAGUAGCCUGUCAGAAGCGGGCACUUCAGCUAGUCAUGGUCUUCUCUGCAUUGAAGAAGAUAACCAAAAUAGAAGCAUAAGCAAAACGAAUAAGAAAAAGAAUCCAACAAAGAAAAGAAAGGUGAACUCAGAGCAAGAGGUUAUGACUGUCGGGGCACAGGACAGCUUACAACAAUUGGACAAAGUUGGCUCAAGAGCUGUGGCCCUAGAUGGCUAUUAUGGCGCACAACAGACUGUGCCAGGAAUGGUGCAACUUAAUUUGAUGGCACCAACACGCGACAGUUAUUAUGGGAAUCAUCAGGCCACCAUCCAGGGGCUGGGACAGUUAAACUCAAUUGCUCCUAGCCAUGAUGGUUAUUAUGGUGCUCAGCAAACCAUGCAUGGGCUGGGACAGAUGGAUUUCUUUCGCACUGCGACUGGUUUCACUUAUGGAAUUCGGGAUGACCCGAAUGUAAGGGCAGCACAACUGCAUGAUGAUGCUGCUAGGCAUGCGUGAAGAGCCCCUGGUAAAGGUAGUUGCCAUUUGAGACUGAGUUAUCUUGAAUCCCAUGACUAUUGGAAGUAUCGAUUGUCGGUGAGGUGUAUACCUCCUUUAUAAUACUGGUUAGGAAAGGGGUUACUGAAUCUGAUAUGUCUGUUUAAAGUUUGUAAGGCGUUAUUCAUGAAUUAAAUUAAAUGGAAUUACCUCUUCCAUGUUUGUAAAAUAAGAUAAUAUAUGUUGUUUUUAUCUUCAUCCUGGGGGAGAUCUAGUUGAAGGUCGGAACAAGGCUUAGUUUAUCCUUUAAAGGCUUGUUGUAAACUGUAUUACAUUGUUUUAGCCUCUAGCGAUGUUCGACCUUUCAGUAGGUCGACAGACAGCUGAAAAGUCUACUUCUUAGAUUCUUCGUCCUUUGAUAUAAUUCUUCAGUUCAGAACUUCAGAUAAUAUUCUUUUGAAAA